CAUUAAAUAGCUUCCUCAUAUGCUCAUGCUUUCCUCGUGUCUAUAUAAAUGUGUAUUCAUUGCUGAUUGAUUUUUUUUUUGGUACUCGUCAUGCCGAUCAUAUGUAUAAAGGUCAUGUUUUUAGUUUCAUCAAAUUGGAUCUCUCUUUAGAUUUACAACAUUUGCAUCACCAAGACUAGAAAAAAUGUGUAGUAUGUGACGAUCAAGACAGAUACUGUUGAAUGGGAUAUGAAUUUAUUGAAACUGGACAUGCUGCUCGUGUCUGUGCCUUGUGGUUGUGAAAUGUUACUCUAGUUGAUGUUGCAGAAUCUGUUGCAUGUGGUACACAAAUUUAAGUUGGCCCUUUUCUCAUGUGGGGUUGAUCUUUUGUGCUAUUCUAGUGGUCUGACAGAUAAGAAAUGUGUGCCAUGCAAUCUGAAGGAAUUACGGCCCAUGAGUGAGGAUUCAGCACAGACUCUAAUGCCACAGGUUGCUGAGUGGAAUUUGGUAAACGAUGGUGGUGUCAUGAAACUGAAGCGAUCAUGGACAGCAAGGACCUUCUCCAAGGGACUGGAUUUUCUUAGGAUAGUAUCUGUUCUUGCUGAAAGUGAAGGUCAUCAUCCCGAUCUUCACCUUGUGGGCUGGAAUAAUGUUACUAUAGAGAUUUGGACACAUGCUAUUGGAGGGUUGACAGAAAAUGACUUCAUACUUGCUGCUAAGAUCGAUAAGCUUGAUGUGCUUGACUUAAUUAGACGGAAGCCUUCUGACUGAGUCAACAAUGCUAAGCAGUAUUAGCAGAACUAUUACUUGUCUAUUGGCAGUAAUGUUCUGUUUUCAGGCUAGUAUUUUCAUCUACUUGAUUGCUUAAAGCUUCGUAGAAAGUCUUUGGAAUGAUCUUUUUUCAAUCAAAAGCAUGUUCACGCUAGUGAUCACAAUUUACUUAUUUGAGAUAUAAAAUGAUGACAUUCUUUUUAAUAAGACCUCAGUAUAUAGGCUUGUAUAUGUGCUAGAUAAUGAUAAAAAAAUAUUUUUUACAAUUGUUUUUGUAA